AUGGCCCAGUACUUCUUCGAUCUCCUCUACAACUUUACGGAUUGCAUGUGCUGCUUUCCCAGCACGCCGCAGCUGAAGAUUAACAACCGCAGCUUUAAAUUGUUGCGACUCCUCGGUGAAGGUGGUUUUUCCUACGUUUAUCUGGUCCAAGACAAAUCCACAUCCGAGCUGUUUGCCCUCAAGAAGAUUCGAUGUCCGUUCGGUCAAGAGUCGGUUUCACAAGCACUGAAGGAGGUGGAGGCAUACAACCUAUUUGCGACGCAAUCCAACAUCAUCCACUCAAUAGACCACUGUGUCUCAACCGAACCGGGUUCGAAAUUCCGAUCGGAUGGGGGUGAACCUGGUUCUAAGACGGUCUACAUCCUCCUGCCGUAUUACCAACGCGGGAACCUCCAGGAUGCCAUCAACGCCAACUUAGUGAACCACACUCGAUUUCCGGAGAAGCGACUCAUGGUGCUGAUGCUGGGGGUCGCCACGGCUCUCCGAUCGAUGCACCAGUAUCGCGUCAAGGGCGGCACCGGUCCCACAUGGAAAGCGAAGGCCGUGGGGCGUGAGGGGGAGGAGGCCGACGCGGAGGUCGCCAUGCGUAUGGGAAAGCCGAAACGACGUCCGAGCCAGAAGAAGGAGGAUGAAGACGAGGAGAACGAGCCAUUGAUGGAUGACGAGGUCACCCGGAGUCAAGAAGGGGUGCAGGAGGGGGGUUUGCGCCCCUAUGCGCACCGAGAUAUUAAGCCGGGCAACAUCAUGAUUGAUGACGAUGGACAAACACCAGUGCUGAUGGAUCUCGGGUCACUCUCCCCUAGCCCGAUUGCCAUUACUUCCCGUUCGUUGGCGCUGGCGGUCCAAGAUACGGCAGCGGAGCACAGCACCAUGCCGUAUCGCGCCCCAGAGCUCUUCGAUGUCAAGACCGGAUCCGUGAUCGAUACCAAAGUGGAUAUCUGGUCGCUUGGAUGUACGCUAUACGCGUGCUUGGUGGGCAAGAGCCCCUUCGAGGCGCGGAGUGAGGAGACGGGGGGAAGUCUCAGCAUGUGCGUGUUGGGGGGAGACUGGAGGUUCCCCGACGAGAAACCGAACACGGGCAAGGGGAAGGGCAAAGCGGGUGACGAAACCCCCAAGGACGGGGCGACGUUCAUCAGCGCGUCAGUCAAAGAAGUGGUCCGGAAAUGUCUACAGGUCGAACCUGCGGAGCGCCCCGACAUCGAGGAACUGAUCCAAAUCCUCCAGAAUGUGAUCCAAGAACUCGGGGACGACGAGGGGAUGGGCAGUUCCAGUUGA